ACAUGAAGUACCUGUUGGAAUCGUCACCAAUCGAUCAGGAAAAGCGAGUUUUUCACAGCUUCCUAGAAUCUGUUCAUGACACGGUUUCUGAAGCUUGAAUGGUGCACUCCAACGGUAAAAUGGUCCAUAAAUCCAACUAGGACAUACAUUUGAAAUUCUUUAUUUAAGAGUGGAAAGUGUAAAUGAGUGUAUAGCAAACACAGUCGAGGUUUUAACAGGCCUAGCCCAUUGUUGCUGCAUUUCCUCGAAGAUGAAUAAAGGCGUUUCUGCAACUGCUUCAUUGCGACUGCGCCAAGAUUAUAUGAGAAUAAGAAAAGAUCCAGUACCUUAUAUCACAGCAGAACCACUACCCUCGAAUAUUUUAGAAUGGCAUUAUGUCAUCAAAGGGCCAGAAAAAUCCCUCUAUGAAGGUGGUUAUUACCAUGGCAAACUUGUCUUUCCAAAAGACUUUCCUUUCAAACCUCCAAAGAUUAUUAUGAUUACACCAAAUGGAAGGUUCAAGACAAAUACAAGACUAUGUUUAUCAAUCAGUGAUUUUCAUCCAGAUACAUGGAAUCCAGCAUGGUCAGUCUCCACAAUAUUGACUGGGCUCCUUAGUUUCAUGCUGGAGCGUGCUCCUACUCUUGGUAGUAUAGAAACAAGUGAUUUUCAGAAACGUCAGUUUGCCAUUCGGUCAUUGGAAUUCAAUAUUCAAAACAAAACAUUUCGAGAUCUUUUCCCAGAAAUUUACAAAGAGAUCUGUGAAAAAGUUGAAGCAAUCAAUGAAGAGAAGCGGAAUAAAGAUAGCCAAAGCCUAGAGAAAAAUGAAGAGCCAUUGAAAAGCAAUCAGACCGAACAGAAUUAUCUAGGGUCAACUAUUGCAAAUCUGUGUGUAGUGUUAGGUGUCCUUGCAUUUGGAUUUACUGUCAGCUAUGUACUCAAGGCUGCAGGGGCACAGCAUCGAUGAAUAUAGAAUGUACUUGUAAAUAUAUUGCAGGCCUUGCAAGGAGAGGCACUUGAGCUCAACAAGUGCCUCUACAUGCACCUAAAAAGUUCUAGCAGCUUGAUUGAUCAAGCAUCUAGCAUGUUUAUUAUGUCUAACAAUUAAAUGUGAAAAACAAAAUCUUGUUUUUGAUGAUAUUUGAUGAUAUUUAAGUUUUUCAAGCUCCUCACAAGGCCUGAUAUAUUGUAUUGCAAGCUUUCCAAGAUAGAGGAAGGGAAUGUUUUGUUGUUCAGAAGGUAACCUACUGGAGCCAGUGACAAUGAAAUGCAUACAUUGAAGCUAACAGCAUUGGUAGUUUGAUUUAAUAUUUAUUGUUCAGAAAAUGGUUUACAAGCACAAAAAUUUUAGUUUUUUAAGAUGCCACAGCAAUCAAUUUUUUCAACUGACAAUUAAAAUCUCUUGAGAGAUUCUCAUAGUGCACAAAUAAUGCUCUUGAAACUGUCAAUUUAUGGGAAGAAAGGCUCCUCCAACUUCCAGGGGUGGGAGAAUUUCAAUUUGCUUAAAUCAAGCUAUUGGAAUAUCGUGUUGAACUUGAUUUUUUAUCUCCAUUUAUUUGCAUUUAGAGUUCGGUCAACAAAGACCUCAUCUUCCUUACAAAAGAACAUCGAAAAAACUUAUAAUCCAUCUUUUGUAGAAAUAGGGGGUUUCUGAAAUGCCAGUUAACAGGUGCAGUUAAAAGGCUAACAGAAAAUGAUUGGCCAAAUGAAACUAUGAUUCUGUUAAUUAUCAUUAGCAUAUUUCUUUAGCAUAUUUCUUAAAAUAUAUUAGCAUCUUUCUUUAGACUAUACUGUUUUCAUCACAUUAGAUAUAUUCAAUGUAUAUGUAUAAAUCCAACAUGUCAUCAUCAUA